UUGUAUGUGUUUUGUUGUUUUCGUCUUCAAAACCGCACUACAGGUUUCCAAGUUUGGGCGUCGGUUGAGCAAGAGCGUAUCGAAUAUAAAUUGAAUUUUUAGAAUAUGUGAAAAUUGCAAUUAUAAAAUUUUUAAUUUGAUUUUGUUUUUGAAAACAAAGUUUUUGUAAUUCUGAAAUUCUGAAUAAAAAUAUUAAUUUGGUGAAAAUAUUGUUAUCUAAUCUGCUAAAAUAUCGUUGUGAAUCAUGGAUACGUAUAGUGCUGAAAAAUUAUUAGCAUUCUUCUAUCCAGUAAUCAUACUUAUGUCGCUUUUGUGCUGUAUUACGUCUGGUGUUGCAUGGGUUCAUUGGCGACACGUUCUCAAUGCUUGUCCAGUAACAAAUUGUGGAUGCUUCUUAAAUGGACAUAGUACUUAUAACGAAUUCGAAGGUGGACACAUUGCAUAUUGCCACUUUGCAACUUAUGGAUUGAUCUUGCCACUAUUCUUUGCUGUAAUAUUGGGAAUCUAUCAUGUUUACCGGGUGUGCAUGGGGACGGGGAAGAGGAAGCAAGGUGUUACGACACUUCGACAGAGAUCUGGUGAUAUGAUUGUCGUUACAACAGAAUCAGAAAUGAUGAACAACGGUAUUUCCCCGUACUAUUGGACACCGGCAUCUGUGAUAUCUUGUGUCAUGUUUUUAUAUACUUUGGUCCACGCUGCCAUAUACACAGAUGGCUUUACAACUACCUGCGAACAAUAUCGUGUAACACUUCUAAAGGAAAUUCAAGGCGUUGGACAUAUUGUUGGUGUAAUCAAAGGACGUCUUUCGUGUGGAGCAGUUUUUGACUUUAUGGAUUUUCUUGUCAGGAGUGACAGAUAUGAACGUCGUCGUUAUGGACAAAUUCAUACAGCAACUUGUCUUUAUAUAGCAUUGAUAGGAACAUGGUUAGCAGUUUUUGCAUGGCUCAGUAUAUCAGUUAUUAAUAUUGUACAAUCAAGAAGAAGCAAAUUAGCUCGAAUGUAAAAGUAACAAAAAUAAUUUUAAGCUUUAAGAGUACCUUAAGAAAUAUAUUCCACCCAAUGUUAAGCAUGUUUUGCAAACAUAUAAAACAAGUAACUUGUAUUUUUACAUUUAUUAUAUAACUAUUUUACGAUUUUAUCGAGUAAUUAUUAAGCAAUGUACGACCGAAAUAAACGAAAAUAAACGAUUGCCAUUUUUUAUAUAUUUCAA